AUGGGGAAGAAGGAGAAGGCCAUCCAAGGAAAGGCAGACGAAAUGAGUGACAGCAAAAAUGACGAAGAGCUGCUGAGUGACCCCCCCGCGCAGCGUGGGGCGGUAAGGGAAAAGGGCCCACACAGCGCAAAUGUGGAAGACACGCACGUUAGCAACGCAAGCGGAAAGGCAAGCGGAAAGGCAAACGGAGAGGCAAACGGAGAGGCAAACGAAAGCGCCAACUCCAGUCGGAAGGGAGCCCCCCCAAAGUACAGCAUCUUUAUAGAUAAGAAAGGCGCCAUAAACAGCAUUUUGAGCUCCACGUUCGCGGGAAUCAUGUCGAGGACAGUUACAGCCCCGCUGGACAGGGUAAAGUACAUAAUGCAGGUGACAAAUAAUUUGCCCAUUUCUGAGAUUUUCGAAAUUAUAAAAAAAGAUGGAAUUGUGUGCGGUUUCUUCAGGGGGAACUGCGUCAAUAUCGUAAAGAUCAUCCCGGAGCUGUCCAUAAAAAUGUACUCCUACGAGUUUCUAAAAGUUAACGUCUACAACUACUACAGAGGUGAUGGCGGUGGUGAGGGCGGUGGUGACAGCGGUGGUCACAGCGGUGAUGGCGGCACCGGCGGGGGGAGACCCCUCAACUAUGCGAAGGACCAGGAAAACCUUGACAUCCCCUUCUUCAUUCGAUUCAUCAUAGGAAGCUCCAGCGGAGUCAUAGCGGCUCUGUUCAUCUACCCCCUAGAAAUAGUCAAAACCAGAUUAAUCGUUUCCAACAAAAAUGACCACAGCGGAAUUGUCAAAUGUUUUUACAACAUUUACAAAAAUGAACGAUGGAGGAAUUUUUAUAAUGGACUUUCCAUGCACAUAUAUGGAGUCAUCUUAUUUUCAGGGUGUAAUAUGAGCAUUUACGAUUAUUUGAAGUACCUUUUUUUUACACUCUACAAGGAUUAUAUUCACUGUACGCACUGCAUCCCAAGUGGGGGUAACUCGGGUGAUGGCAACGCAGCGGAGGGAAGACACACGAAGAGGGGGGCGUCUCAAACCACAGGCAGGGGGAGCAGUGGAGCAACAGCAGAGGGAUCGGCAGACGGAUCGGCAGACGGAUCGGCAGACGGAGCAGCGGGGGGCCAAACUUUCUUCAAGCACAACCUACUGAACGGACUGUCCCAUUUUAGAAAAAAAGCCACCCACUGGAAUAAUCCAACCUAUGAGCACCAAAAGGAAAGUCACCUGAACAAGUCAUCAGAAUGCGCCUACUGUAACUAUCGAGUAAAAAACGUGAACUGUUUGUCCUUCCUAUUUUUUGGUAUCACGAGCUCGUUCAUCGCACAAAUUGUUAGCUACCCAUUUCUCGUUUUGCGGACCCGCAUGCAAACUCUCAACAAUGAGAUCACUACGAAUUAUUUGAAUAACGAGAGGAAGCACAUCAAGUCGUGCAGUUUUAUUCUGUACAACAUCAGGGUCUAUGGGUUCAAGUCCCUCUACCGAGGCAUCUACGUGAAUCUCCUGAGAACCAUCCCCGCCACGUCGAUCACGUGGUUCGCAUACGAGUACGCCAUGAGGAAAUUACAGGCGGGAGUGAAGCUGUAG